CAGCCCGGCCUGUCGUCCAGCUGCUUCUCGCCCGAGCUGUCACCUGCGUCGCAAGCUGGCGACGCCGCCGCGGCAUCCGCGCCGGGCAGCGGCCACAGGUCGCCGCCGGCCCCGACGCCGCCGCCCCCCGACGCGGGCCCCGCGAAGGCGGGCAGCCGGCGCGUAGGUGACUACGCGCAUGGCGUGGGGAAGGUCUCGCCGAAGGCGGAGGCGCCGUCCGUGCAGGGCUCCCCGCUGGGGCCGCUGUCCGAAGACCAGAGCUACACGCCGCCCCCCCAGCAGGCGGCAGCGCCGCGCCGCCGGUCGGCCACGCCGGGGACCACAUGCACCUCCGGAACCCGUCGGCGAGCCAG